CGCAGCCUUGAUAGCUAACUGGCACAUAACGUUGCUCACACUGUUGCAGCCUGAGGCACUAUUAGUAGGAUAUAAUAGCAGCACUAAGCAGCCAUGAUAUUUGUAUCAAUACGUUUCCUGGUUCCUUACGAAUAACUUUUAUUGAGACUCCAAACCAAAUCCAGCUGUGGAAUAAGCGAAAAUGUCCUUGUCUGGCUGGGUGUGUUUAGUAACCGGUGCCUCCAGAGGCAUUGGCCGAGGCAUAGCCCUGCAGCUGUCUGAGGCAGGAGCCACGGUCUACAUCACAGGGCGCCAGGAGCAGACUUUGAAACAAACUGCUGCAGAGGUUAAGGAGAGGGGUGGAAACUGUGUGCCAGUUAUCUGUGAUUCUACGAAAGACCAAGAAAUUGAAGACCUGUUUGAACGGAUCAAAUGUGAGCAGAAUGGCAGGCUGGAUAUCCUGGUUAACAAUGCCUACGCUGGAGUACAGGCUAUCUUUGGGAAUAUGGGGACCAAGUUCUGGGAUAUUGAUCCGUCCAUUUGGGAUUCCAUCAACAACACAGGUCUCAGGGGUCACUACUUCUUCUCAGUUCAUGCAUCUCGGUUGAUGGUGGCUCAAGGUCGGGGUUUGAUAGUCACCAUUUCAUCUAUGGGGGGGCUGCGAUACAUCUUCAAUGUGCCAUAUGGAGUUGGUAAAGCUGCUUGUGACAGGCUGGCAGCAGACAUGGCUGUUGAGCUGAGAAGUAGAGGAGUGGCUUCUGUCAGUCUGUGGCCAGGAGCGGUACAAACAGAGUUGGUGUCUCAGUUCGUAUUGGAGGAUGAAAGUGCAAAUUCCAAGUUAAAAGAUACAUUUGUCAAUGGAGAAACUACAGAGUUGAGUGGGAUGUGCAUUGUCAACCUGGCAAAAGAUAAAAAUCUGAUGUGUCUGUCUGGGAAAGUACUCCUGACUUGUGACCUGGCAAGGCGCUAUGGGUUUCAAGAUGUUGAUGGACGGAGUGUAACUGAUUACACUUCCCUAAAAUUCCUUCUGACUCAAGUCCCAUAUCUCUCCUGGCUGUCAGCUGUUGUGCCUUCAUUCCUACACCUGCCACGUUUUGUGCUCACCCUGGCUAGUAACCGGUUCUAAACAUUUCUUACAUCCGUACUGAAGUGGCAGUAUUCAAUACUGUGUUUCAACUACAUAACACUACAAAUUCUAGCUAAACUUAUAGUUGCUAUUUCAGUGGUUUCAGUUCAGAUCCAUUGGCUAAUGGCUAACAAGAAGCCAAACACUGACUGACAACAAUGUUUUUUGAAGGGGUAUUAUUGAAAUCGCUAUGUAGAUAAUUACAUGUAAUCCUACUUGAGUAUGUAAUGAAGGCCUUUCUAUGAAGUUUUAGGUACAUAUGAAGGAUGCUCAAGCAUAUUAACACUAACACUAAUGUCAGCUUUGGGUGAAAAAAUAAUUAAAAUGUAAAAUUAU